AUGACAGAACUCCUGAACAGCAUACUCACCGUGAUCAAGGUGUUCCAGAAAUAUGCCAAAGAGAAUGGGGACUCCACCUCACUAUGCAAGGAGGAGUUGAAGCAGCUGCUCUUUGCUGAGUUUGGAGACAUCCUCCGGAGACCAAAUGACCCAGAGACUGUGGAAACCAUCUUGAGCCUCUUGGAUAGAAACAGAAACGAGCAUGUUGAUUUUCAUGAAUAUCUCCUGAUGGUGUUCCAGCUGGCCCAAGCCUGCUAUCAUAGGCUGGAUAAUGAAUCAAGUGGAGAUAGAACCUCUCAGCAAGAAAGGAAGCAGGAGGAAACACAAGACAGUAAGUUUCCAAGAAAUACAGGCAGACAACACAGGAAGAGGCUUGAGGGAGAAAGGCAGGAUUCCUGCCACAGUCAGUCUGAGAAGCAAAGCCAGGAUACCCACCAAGAUCAAUCUGAGAGAGAAGACAAGGACUCUCACUAUGGUCAGACUGAGGGACAAGACAGGGACUCUCAUUAUGGUCAGAUUGAGAGACAGGAUCAGGACUCCAGCUCUGGUCAAAGACUGAGUAAUAAAUCUGGCAGUGGCAAUCCUGAAAGACAAGGCUAUGUCUUUGCCCUAAAUCAGUAUGAGAAACAACUUCAAGAUUCUCAUUAUGGCCAAUCUGAUAGGCUUGGACAACAGUCAAGCUAUGGCCAGUCUGGAAGACUUAGAGAGGACCCUAAGUAUAGCCACACAAACCAACAGGAAUCGGGCUCUUAUAAUGAACAGUCUGGAAGGCUGGGUCAGGAAUCAGGCUGUGGUCAGAGAAAUAGGCAAGAAUUGGAUUCUCACUAUGGCCAGACAGACAGACAAGGUCUGAGCUCUCACUAUAGCCAGACAAGGCCAGACAGACAAGGCCAGAGUUACCAUUAUGAUCAGACAGACAGACAAGGCCAGAGCUCUCACUAUGGCCAGACAGACAGACAAGGCCUGAGGACUCAAUAUGGUCAGACAGACAGACAAGGCCAAAGAUCUCACUAUAGUCAGACAGAUAGACAAAGCCUGAGCUCUCACUAUGGCCAGACAGACAGACAAGGCCUGAGCUCUCACAAUGGUCAGACAGACAGACAAGGCCUGAGCUCUCAUGAUGGUCAGACAGACAGACAAGGCUGGAGCUCUCACGAUGGUCAGACAGAUAGACAAGGUCUGAGCUCUCAGUAUGGCCAGACAGACAGACAAGGCUGGAGCUCUCACAAUGGUCAGACAGACAGACAAGGCCAAAGAUCUCACUAUGGUCAGACAGACAGACAAGGCCUGAGCUCUCACUAUAGCCAGACAGACAGACAAGGCCAAAGAUCUCACGAUGGUCAGACAGACAGACAAGGCCUGAGCUCUCACGAUGGUCAGACAGACAGACAAGACCUGAGCUCUCACAAUGGUCAGACAGACAGACAAGGUCAAAGAUCUCACUAUGGUCAAACAGAUAGACAAGGCCUGAGCUCUCACUAUGGCCAGACAGACAGACAAGGCUGGAGCUCUCACUAUGGCCAGACAGACAGACAAGGCCUGAGCUCUCACGAUGGUCAGACAGACAGACAAGGCCUGAGCUCUCAGUAUGGCCAGACAGACAGACAAGGCUGGAGCUCUCAAUAUGGUCAGACAGACAGACAAGGUCAAAGAUCUCACUAUGAUCAGACAGAUAGACAAGGCCUGAGUUCUCACGAUGGUCAGACAUACAGACAAGGCCAGAGUUCUCACUAUGAUGAGACAGACAGACAAGGCUUGAGCACUGGAUAUAGUCAGACAGACAGACAAGGUGUGAACUCCCAAUACGGUCAGUCAGAGACUGGUGAAACUAGGCAAAAUAGGUGCUUCCAAGGGAGCGAGGGAAAAAGCAGAGACUCACGUGUUGAGCAAUCAGGAAGGCCAGGAAGACCAAGUCAACAGACUCAAGGACAGGAAGUAAACCGAAAUCAGGGACAGAGAUUCCAGACUAGGGAAGGGCAGCAGAACAGUCACCAGGCAUGGGAGUCCGAAGAGGAUAGCCAACACAAACUAGUAGCACAAAUUCAGCAAGAAAGGCUACCCUGUCACAAAGGGAGAGGCUGGCAAUCACACAGUAGUGAGCAGGGCCACAGACAGGACCAGACCAGGCAGAGUCAUGGUGAGAAGCAGAGCCACCAGGCAGAGGAAGAGCAGGACCACCAGAGCCGCAGCAGAUACAGUCAUGAGGGUCAGGAAACUCCAUGUGAGACAUGGGACAGGGAAACCCACAGGCAGACCCAUGAAGAUGAGCAGACCCGUCAGAGACGAGACAGGCAGACCCAUGAAGAUGAGCAGACCCGUCAGAGACGAGACAGGCAGACUCAUGAGGAUCAGCAGACCAGUCAGAGACGAGACAGGCAGACCCAUGAAGAUGAGCAGACCCAUCAGAGACGAGACAGGCAAACCCAUGAAGAUGAGCAGACCCAUCAGAGACAAGACAGGCAGACUCAUGAAGAGGAUCAAAACUGUCAACAACAGGAUAGGCAAACCCAUAAGGGUAAAGAAAGGUAUCAAGAGUCCCAGUAUCAACAAUCCCAUGGGACCCAGCAAGGAUGUGCCAACAGAGAAAAAUUCCAUAUGAAUGAAGAUGGCCAGAGUCCAAGUUCCCAAGGAAGACACAGUGACCUGGCCUUCCAUCCAACCCAGAAUGCUGGGAGGCUCCAAAGAAGAGAACAGGGUGGAAGUCACCCUAUCAAGGCAACUAUUCCUCCCAAUCCACUCUAUGACUACGUACAAGAGCAGAAAGGGGUUUGGCACUAG